UCACCGUGGCAUCAUCAGCUGAGCCGGAUGAGGAUGGCACUCAUCACCAGCGGCAGCUACAGGCCGGCCUCCCCGACGAUCAUCACCAUGGCCUACACACUGCCCCAGAAGCCCUACGUCGUCUACUCGUCUCCGCCCUAUACGCCCCUCAAGUACGAGCACAGGAGUUCCUACUGCCGGGACUUCUCCGACGAUAGCGACCUGACCGAUCACCGGGACGUCCACAGCCACCACGAUUACCAGAAAUCCGUGGAUAGCUGCUACGAGAGGUCGUCCUACGGCUUGUUAACGCCCCAAAGAUACGAGACCCACUACUCGCCAGAUUAUGGUAACAGCGCAGCGCGUAUCCACGUUUACGAGGAGAAUUCGGCGGAUUACAACGCAUCGGCUACCAGUUGGCAUCGGUGUUACGAAACACCCCCCCAGGAGCCACAAGUCCACGGCAUCGAUCUCGUUAACGCUGGCGCCGAGGAACCUGGCCUACGAAAUCUUAGCGGCGAAACCUGCUGGGACAGCAACAUAUCCACCCCGAAGAUCGAGCCGACGCAGUCGAGCCCCCGGAAAAACCGCAGAAGAUCGCGAGAUGUCCCGCCCUCGCCGAGUGUCCUUAAACGUCGACGUCUCGCGGCAAACGCUCGGGAACGUCGGCGGAUGAACGGCCUGAACGACGCCUUCGACAAGUUGCGCGAGGUCGUGCCAAGCCUCGGCGCCGACCACAAGCUCAGCAAAUUCGAGACCUUGCAGAUGGCCCAGACGUACAUCACCGCGCUCUGCGACCUCCUCAAGCAGCACGACGAAAACAGAUGAGACGCGCGUCGUUCACGACGACGACGACGACGAGCUUUAACAAUGACUUUUUAAUCAUAAAAUAAAUUAAAAUACAUCCGCUGGAUGUUAUUUUAUAGCGCGUUCCUUUCAUCCGAGUGAGACAAUGCGCACGCCAUAAGUAUUAGUUUCUUAACAUGUACUCGCAAAGACUUGGAUUAUUAGGUUUAUCGGCAGAGAUUAGUGAUUCGCGAAAAAAGGCGAUAUGUUGAUACUUGUACAAAUAAGACAACUUAAUAGUUAAAGUUCCUGUGCUCAUUGCCAUUGUAAUUAGCAGUUUGAUGAAAAUACUCGGUCCAUCAUUCAUUCAUACACUGUAAAACGUCGAUGCGUAAUGUAGGCGUAUAAGAUUAGGAUAUAUUUGUUACGAACAAUCGUCGAGCGGCUAUUUAUUUUUAGAAUUGUCUACAAUAUGCCAUGUAGGAUACAUUAUUUUUUUAUCCACUUAAGCCAAAGAUCAUAUACCAAGUUGAACGUUACCACAUAACGAUCAAAAUAAAGAUCUAAGUCUGUGUCAUUUUCAACUUAGAGUAUUAAAGGUGCAUAGAACACGAGAAUUCGUUUU